UCCUCUUUCUCCUUCAGUACUGCCCACUUCAUUUUUAUUUUGAGAUGCAACAAUGACUGAAACUAAUGCAUUUGUUUCCUAAGAAUAAAUAACAGGCCCUAUUUUAUUAAGCCCCCCCCCCUUUUUUUUUAAACUGACAGAUUCUUCUAGAAUUCAGAUGACUGGUUUUAAGUCAGUGAAUAUGUUUUUGUUUGUAUGUUCCAGAAAAAUCUAAAAUUGCACUGCCCAAUAUGGCAGCCACUAGUCACGUGUGGCUAAACUUCACUUAUCUAAAAUUAAAUAAAAUUAAAAAAAAAUUCAGUUCCUCAGGUACACUAACCACAUUUAAAGUGCUCAGUAGCCACAUGUAGGUAGUGGUUGCCCCACUGUACAGCCCAGAAACAGAACCUUUCCAUCACUGGAAGUUUUAUUGGACAGUGCUGAUCUGGAAUUUGUUCCAGGAAUUUAUCCAGGAUUUCUUUAGUGCAUGUUAACUCUUUUAGAAUUUAAAAAUUAAGAGUUUUUUUUAAAAAAACAAAUUGCCCACUUAAAGGACUGUCUUAAUCCCAUGAUGAUAACAGCAGUGAAAUAAAAAUCAGUGAAAUACAGUUUCUAUGUGUGUUAGGCCCCACACUAGUGACUAUUUCUAAGAUUUCUAGAAUUAUUUAAGAGGUCAAUUUUCAAUUUCAUUUAUAUUCAUCUUUAUAUAUUAUAAAACUUGGAAAAGUAAAAUUUCAAAACUUGGGUCUAAAAAAUAAUGUCAUACUCUAAGAAAAGAUCAUUGAUAAAGGCAAUUUCCUGUUCAAGUUUAACUUUUUUUUUGUUUGAAGUGCUCACUUUAAGCCUUUUUUUCAAAAAUGGUGCAUGAAUGACUGUGAAGUAAUUUUCUCAACCACACAGUAAAUGUAUUUUUUCCUUUUGAAAGUGCUUACCAUUAUAGGGCAUAUAGCAGUGUAAUGUUCCAGACAGUAGUUUCUGGUUCCUCCCUUCUCAGAAUACUGGGUUACAUAUCGUCACUUCAGUUUGAUGUUUGUGAUGUAACCAUUUAGAUUUGCAUUGGAUAGGCCACUGGACUAUUAAGUAUUAACCAUAACAAGGGAGUGACCUGGAAAGAAAAAAGAAGAAACUGGUAUACACAAAAGAUCCAUGUUCACUAGCGGCCUUACAGAAAGCACUCAAAAAGAAGUUCGAAUUGUUGGUGUUGAAGCCGAGUCGAUGGAUUUAGUGUUGAACUAUGCCUAUACCUCCAGAGUUGUUCUGACAGAGGCCAAUGUUCAAGCCUUGUUCACUGCAGCUAGCAUCUUCCAGAUUCCCUCCAUCCAAGACCAGUGUGCUAAGUACAUGAUCAGUCAUUUGGACCCACAAAAUUCUAUUGGGGUCUUCAUCUUUGCCGAUCAUUACGGUCAUCAGGAACUUGGAGAUCGAUCUAAAGAAUACAUUCGUAAAAAGUUCCUGUGUGUCACCAAAGAACAGGAGUUUCUUCAGCUGACAAAAGACCAACUGAUAAGUAUCCUAGACAGUGAUGAUUUAAAUGUAGACCGGGAAGAGCAUGUUUAUGAGAGUAUUGUAAGGUGGUUUGAACAUGAACAGAAUGAAAGAGAAGUGCACCUUCCAGAAAUUUUUGCCAAAUGCAUACGUUUUCCUCUGAUGGAAGACACCUUUAUAGAGAAAAUUCCACCUCAGUUUGCACAGGCUAUUGCCAAAAGCUGUGUGGAAAAGGGACCAGCCAGUCCCAAUGGCUGUACACAGAGACUUGGAAUGACUGCAUCGGAAAUGAUCAUAUGUUUCGACGCAGCCCACAAACACUCAGGAAAGAAGCAAACAGUGCCUUGUCUAGAUAUAUUCACAGGAAGAGUGUUCAAACUAUGCAAACCACCAAAUGAUCUGAGAGAAGUUGGAAUUCUUGUAUCACCAGAUAAUGAUAUUUACAUUGCAGGAGGGUACAGGCCAAGCAGCAGUGAGGUAUCCAUUGACCACAAGGCAGAAAAUGAUUUCUGGAUGUAUGACCAUUCCACCAAUAGGUGGCUUUCCAAACCGUCCUUGCUUCGAGCCAGAAUAGGCUGCAAACUGGUGUACUGCUGUGGUAAGAUGUAUGCAAUCGGAGGGCGUGUCUAUGAAGGUGAUGGGAGAAACUCACUAAAAUCUGUGGAGUGCUACGACAGCAGAGAGAACCGCUGGACUACUGUUUGCGCCAUGCCUGUUGCAAUGGAGUUUCAUAAUGCCGUGGAAUACAAAGAGAAGAUCUAUGUUUUACAGGGAGAGUUUUUCCUCUUCUAUGAGCCUCAGAAAGACUACUGGGGUUUCUUAACCCCCAUGACUGUGCCUAGAAUCCAGGGCUUAGCAGCGGUAUACAAGAACUCUAUCUACUACAUAGCUGGGACCUGUGGAAAUCAUCAGCGGAUGUUUACUGUAGAAGCCUAUGAUAUUGAGCUCAAUAAGUGGACUCGUAAGAAGGACUUUCCAUGUGAUGAGUCCAUAAACCCAUACCUUAAACUGGUACUUUUCCAGAAUAAACUCCAUUUAUUUGUUCGAGCUACUCAAGUGACCGUUGAAGAACAUGUCUUCAGAACCAGCAGAAAAAAUUCCCUUUACCAGUAUGAUGAUAUCACUGACCAGUGGAUGAAAGUGUAUGAGACCCCAGAUCGCCUCUGGGACCUUGGCCGGCAUUUUGAAUGUGCUGUUGCUAAACUGUAUCCUCAGUGUCUUCAGAAAGUACUUUAAUGAAUGGCAGGCCUUAGUGAGCUCACCGGCAUCUUGUGCUGGAGGAAACUUAAGUCUUUCAGUGAUAAGAAGUGCUGUCAGUAUUUAAGAAAGCUGAAGAGAGUUUACACGUGGAGAUGGGUGCUGUUUGAGAUGAGUGUAGCGAGGGAUUUCUUUUCAUCCAUGUGAUGUUUUCAUUUCAGUAAGCAAAAGGUAACAAAGUGCAAUUAUCAGCAUUUUUUUUCCUGGUAUAAAAGUAAUCACAUCAUUCUAGAAUUGUGUGAUGAAUAGUCACUGAGAUACCAGACGAAUUGACAACUAUGCACUCUUAGAAGAGCAGUUAGGGUACUAUGGAUUAGAGACAUCCAAAAUAGUUUGAUGUGACUUUUUAUUUUAAAUACGGGUAAAAAUUUGAGGCAAUAUCACUAGGACUUUAGCUGUGACCUCUCUGCUACAGAGACGCACUAACUUAGAUCCUCAUUCUGAAUAUGUGUAUAUUUUGUGUACUGUUUUCACGUUUACUGGAUUUAAAUGUGUUAUUAGAGUAGUUUGAAGGAAAAACAAAUCAUUCUCAGAAAGAGCUUUUAGUUGGAUUAUUUUAUAUUUCCCAUGUUACUUUAAGUUAAGCUAAAGUUUUAAAGUAGUUUUGUGUUGACAGUUUUUUCAAGUGCUAACACUGUCUCAUUGUUUUUGUUUUUUUUAAAUCCAGAGUAGGGUUCAAAUUCAAAGGUGGCUGGUGCUAGUAUAAUUUAACUCAUGUGUAUAGUUAGGUGUAUUUCAAAUGUCUGAGCCUAUGCUUACCUUUCAAAUUGGUAUGUUAGUUUCAUGACCAUAGUACUUGACCUGCUGAACUCUUGUGAUUUCACAAGAUUCUCUACUUACAUGAUGGCAAGCUAUGGCUAGUUACUGGUCUAACUGGAUUCAAUCUGAGAAUAGUGAAAAGACUAUUAUCCUCAUUUUGCACUAACAUGGGCCAUUUUGUUGCCUAACCUCCUUUCCAUCCUCUACCUGUCCAUUCAUUAUCGGUACAAACAGAGCAGAAUGUGAAGUUUUAACUCCUACUUUUAAAAUUCUGUUUUCCAGAAACAUAAAACUCCUGCAAUAGUCUCAUUUAAUGUCUUUUGCAUUACCUUUGACAAUUAAAACCUCAUUUAAAAAAAUUUUUUUGCACUUAACAGUUAUGAAUAUUUUUGCAUUGAAAACCUUUGUUCUAACUGCAGGUGACUGAGAAGGAAAAGUGUGAGUGAAUAGAACUGUAGCAUUAUAGGUACUAAAUCAUUUUUCAUAUUUAACUGAUUAAUUUCUAACAGAAAUACUCACAGAGAGGACAAACCAACUCAUGUGUUAUACCUAAGGCAGAUAUUUAGAUCAGUAACUUAUUUUUUACUCUUCCCGGAAUAAGUAAUAAAGGAUAUAAGUAUAGCCAGAGUCUGUCCUUAACUGGAACAUUUUGAUUCCCUUAAAGAAAACAAACUGGCACGGUUUGUAUUAAAAACUCUUGCACAAAUUGUAAUGUGAUACUGUGAAACAAAUCGAAAACAUUGCCUCUUUGCAUCACAUACCUCGUUUUUCGGAAACUUUCCAAACUGCUUGUCUUAGCAGAGAACGUUUCCUGAAGCCGAAUUGAAAGUGGACAGCAUUUAGAGAAUUGACAUUAUAAAAUCCAGUCUUGGGAAGCUGGGUACAUGCUUUCUUCUUGCUGGCCUUGGUAGUGUGUCUACAGUCUCCUUACUGACUGUCAACUAAUCACCUAUUCUUUUUCUUCUCAGUUUUUCUUUAUCUUCGUGCUGUUUUGGGGCUUUUUCUGUGAGCAUUUUGAAGCAUCUACACCGUGAUGCAUUGCCAAGGGAAGGAAAAACCAAACUAAACAUUAUAAGAGAUGUUCCCGUAAUUUAUUUUUGAAAGCUUUGUUGCUUCCUGAGACUUCUGCCGCUUUUUGACAAUCUCCUGUAUUUAUUUAGAACACUGUGUUACUUGAAAACAUGACAUUAGAACAUUAACAAUUUACAUGUGCUGUGUGAUGUAUAGGAGUACAAUGUACUGUGGUUAAUUCUGCAGUCGAUUUAUUCUAUUGAUCUGCACAACAGUUGAUCCUCUAACAAUUGAUCCUCUAACAGUUUAUAUUGAGGGUGUGAUCUAAGGAUAGUGUGUCGAAGCCAAGGUUUAGAAUUUGCUAUGGAAGUAUCAAUAGAAUGUAUAUUGAAUUUUGUAUGAAUAACUAUUUGUUUAAAUUAUAUAGCUGGGAUAUUUUGCCACUUUUCAGAUGAUUUCAGAAGAGGUUCUAGAAAACUAAGAUUAGUCAUAUGUGUGGGUCUGUGUUUAGAUAUUUAAGGUACAUUUGCUUAGUAUGAUGAGAAUAUAAGUAAAAGGCAUAAUGGGCACUAUAGAAUUAAAAUAGAGGGUGACAGAUGCCAGUUCCACUUGAGCUUUGUUUUUUUGCAUUUGAAGAAAGUAUGUAGCACUUUCCUAUGUAUUUUUUAUACAUUGAAAACUGGAUGUGGUAUAACUAUGUUUUAGGGAAGUAGAAAUUGUAUUCUCUAUUUUCCAUCUUUGUUUUCUGUUAUCCUACAAAGUUGAUGCUUACGCAUCAAGCUGAUUUCAUGGGUGCAUGAGAGAAAGUGGAUGCGGUCUUGCAAGGAUCAGACGCUCUGCGUGAGGCAGUUUAAAGCGGCACUCGACGUUCUGUGCUCAGGUAGUCACGUACUGUAGUCCUUUGGGGGCAAACGUGUAGAUAUUUUUAAACAUUUUGCCAUAAUUGCACAAUUUUUUGCAUUUUUACCUGAUGGCAUUGUUUCUUGUAAUAAAACUUUUUUCUGACGGAAAAGGUCCACUGUCAUAAAUUGACCUCUGACCUAGCGAGUUUGGUGAAGAUCAUGUAAUACCUUUUAUUGGGAACUGGAGGAGAUUUUCAUCUACCAAAUGCCUGGUCUCUGGUACGAAAUGAACAAGGUAAUUCAUAAUGCUUGAAUAAUGCUCUUGAAAUUCUGAAGCAAGCUCACUCAUCGGUAGCCCCUUUGUUGAGUGGUUCUGCCCUCAUCUCUUGGUGUCCCACUCCUCUCUCUCACAAUUUACGUCAACCCAUAAGGAAAUCCUGUUGCCUCUUCCUUCAAAAUAGACCUCGAUUCUCACCACAUAUCUCUUGCACCACUGUCACCCUAGUCUAAACUAGCCGACCUUGUCUGCCUUAAUGCUGUGCCACUGAAUUGAUCUUUUCUCCAUCACCUUUGACUCCUUGUCAUCUAUUCUGUCCACACAGUAGCCAGAGCAAUCCUGUUGAA